CACACGACAAGAACGUAGAAAAAACAAUGGCAGUGAAAGUUGUUUUGAGAAUUCUUUUUAAUUGUUUGUUGAUUUUGCAAGCAUUUGGAAUGUCUGUAAAUGGCAGUGCUCUUCCGAAUUCUGUGCCUGAUUUCAACUGCGUUGAAUAUGCACAAAAAAUUGGCGCAAACUGGACAACACUUAAUUUGCCACAUGCAACUGAUUGUAGGAAAUUCUACCAAUGCAGUGCGAACGGAGGCUUAAUUGCAAUGACAUGUGCGGAUGCUAAAGAGACCCGUUUUAAUCCUUGGACAAAUAGAUGCGAAUGGAAUUCAACGAUUGAAUGUAUAACAUUUGACCAGUUUAUGGAAAUUAGCAACACCAACAGUUGUGACUAAGGAUUUUCGAAGUUUAAACUCAUUCGAAAUGCAACAGGAUUAAACAAUAUUUUCAAUAAGUACUGUAAAUGUUUUAAAUAAAUGAAUAAUAAAAUUUUAUGAAUUCCCAGAAA